AUGGACCCAACGACGAAAGGAUUCAUGGUGAAAAUCUAUGAAGUAUCCCCAUGGCCAAACCUCACCAAGUACCCAUCAGCGGCGGUGGCAGCAGCGGGCUCCGUCUCUGACCUUCCACCGUCGCCGGGAGGCGGUCGGAUUAAAUGGGCGAUGGCGAAUGGAGUCCAAAAAAACGCUCUAAAAAACGUCUCUUCUUGCCAACUUCUUCCCACCGGAACUCUCCUCACCUUCGAAAUGGUCCUCCCGAGCGUGUACGACAAGGGCGAAUGCUCCGGCGUGAGUGCCGCCCUGAUUUUGGUCCUCCUCGCCCUCUACAGCCUCUCAUGCUUCUUCUUCCACUUCACCGACAGCUUUCGCGGCCCCGACGGGAAAGUGUUCUACGGCUUUGUCACCCUUGGUGGGCUCGCCAUGUUCAAGAGCGACCCCGGCGUGGAGAUCCCCAAGGACUAG